AUACAUAAUAAGAACGAGGCAGGUUAUUGCACAUGAUGGCGACUUACCCUAAGAAAAAACGUGUAGAUCUGGAGGAAAAAGAGACCGAUUCCAGUGAUGGUCAGGAGGAAAUGGACGAUGAGAAUAUCGGAGAUGACGACGAUGACUUUUUAGAAUCCUCUGAUGAAGAAGUAAAUGAGGAAGUUCAGAUUGAAUUUGAAGCAUUUCCCCCUCAAGAUAACGACUUUCAUGGCAUCAAGCGCCUUCUUCAGCAUCUUUUUUCAAGGACCAAAGUAAACACCAGUCAACUCACUGAUCUCAUACUAUCCCAGAACCAUGUUGGUUGUGUUUUAAAGCAAAGUGAUGCUCAACUUGUCGAAGAGAGUGAUUCUGAUGAUGAUAAUGAUGAUGAUGUUUUUGGAUUCACCACAGUACUAAACAUUAUUGAGAAGAAGAACACUGAAUGCAUCCAAGAAAUUCACAAGCUCAUUGUGGAUAAAUGUUCCACAUGCAAUUCAGAAGCGGAGGUCAAUGAACUCUCCCAGAUUCUUGGGGAUGAUUCCCGGAACGUCGGUCUUCUGCUGUGUGAACGCUUCGUCAACAUCCCUCCUCAACUUGCUCCUCCUCUUCACAGUAGCCUUCAAAAUGACAUAAGAAUAGCAGGAGCUAAACACCCACGGAUGAAAUUUGACUAUUAUCUCUUGAUGAGCAGAGCAUACCAGCAACCUCAGCUUCCAUCUUCAAAGAAAAAGACUAAAGCUCCAGACAGAAAUGAAUGGAUUUUUACCAACGCUGAAGAUGGUAUCUUUUUCAAAGAGUCUAUUCUCACCCUACACUACCCAAGUCAAAUAGACCAGGCCGGAGCUGUCGCUGGGAAAUGGACGGAAGAUGAUACGGAGAUGAAAACAUUUAGAGUCGUCAUGGUUGUACCUGCAAGCAAAAUGAACAAUAUACUCGCAGAGAUACAGGAGGCAUUUGCCGUAUGAUAUAUCAAGGGAUGAUAGACUGAUAAUAUGGACAGAUUUUUACCUGCUUUGCUUUGGAAGUGCCCUCGGAUGGAUAUUAUUGUCACUCUGGUAGGAGACAUUUUGGGAGAAAGAUGGGAUAUUUCUUUUCUCUUCUCUGCU